CCCGGCUGUUGCACAAGCAGCUCUUUUCCUUAAAGCCGCUCCCACUGCCUGUGUUUCACUCGCUUUCUCCCUGAGGCUGCUCGAUAAACGAUAACUUUCACGAUGUCGAAGCACAGCAUCACCCUGCUGAUUGCCAUAGUGCUGGCUGUGGUGUUCUUUGUCAUCACCAUGGUGUUCUCUGCUUUGGCAGCGUCUGGAAACGAUCCAUUUUAUCAGUCCACCAGUAAUAUUUCAGAUGAGUUUGUAACCCAGAUUACACCAGACGGAUGGACCUUUAUCAUCUGGUCAUUCAUUUACAUCUUCCUUGCUUUGGUCCUGGUGUAUGUCCUCUCUGGCAUCUUUAGAAAGAAUGCAUACGGUUACGUCUACUGCAGCCCGGCUGUUUUGCCACAUGGAUUUUAUGUGGUUUGGUGCUUGAAUCUGACCCUCAACACUGCAUGGUUGUUCCUGUGGGACAGAAAGUUGAUGGGUACUGCGCUGGCUUUCCUCAUCCUAAUCACCCUAACGAACUACGCGUUGAUAUUCUUCUCCUGCCAUGGUCUCCACAACUACGGCGCCUGGCUCAGCGAGUACCACAAAGUCGACCUGUGGCUUCAACGCGUUUUGGUCCAGAACGGCAUCGCCAUAUAUGCCACGUGGACGACAAUCGCCUCUCUGGUCAACCUGUCCAUUGUGCUGAACUACGACGCCAACGUGUCCCCGGCGGACGCCGCCACCGUCUCCCUGUCCAUUCUGACUGUACUGUUGUUCGUGUGGUUUUUCCUGGAAAACUUUGUCCUUGACAAACAUGUGAGGUACAUCUUGACCAUUUACCCCUUUGUGAUCUGGGCGGUGACAGGGGUGUUCUCGAAGAACAACAACGCUGCAGAUCCCAGUGCAAAUAACAUCUUCACCACCAUACUCCUGGCCAUCGGCUGUCUCAUGUGCGCUGCACGGAUAGCUUUGGUCACGUGGAGGCACAUCAAGAGGCCACUGUACAGAGACGCCAGCGCGGACAGCGUGUCUCCGAUGGAGAUCGCUGGGAGGCAGAAAAACAUAUUUAUCUGAGAACGUUUAAUG